CUGGCAUUUCUCUUUCUGUCUCUGUCGCUACAGUUUCCUACCUAGCAAUCUUUUUUAAGGGAACCCUGCAGUUCAAGCUCCACAGUGCAGUUUGUAUUUUUCCGGUGCUGAAGAUUGGCUGAGUUGAAGAAAUGGACUUGAAAUAUUUGGCUCUGAUUAUAUCCAUCUGUUUUGCUGGAAGUAGCAAAGGAACUCGGAUCGGCCAAUGUCUUUUCUUUAGUUGUCCUAAUGUUUUAGAAGGGGAACAUGUUCAGUUAAAGUGCAGACUGUGCAAUGGAUCAACUCCAUUAGACAUGAAUGACCUUCAAGCACAUGGAUAUAAUAUCACCUGGUUUAAAUACACUCCACAAGGUGAUCGUGUGAAGUUGAAAUUAGGGAAAGAAUUUAGAAUUACUUCUGACGGAACAUCAAUAGGAUUUUGGCCAGCAAUGAUCAAUGAUACCGGGAAAUAUUCUUGUUCUCUCUUCAAUAUGACUCACCAUAUCAUACAUGAAGAUGUAUCUUUGGUUGUGAGCAAGAAUGAAGAGUUAUGCUUGAAUAAUGUGCAUCACGUCUCCGGUUACAGUGGCUCAUCAAUUACAUUGGAAUGUCCCAAGAUAGAGUAUUACAAUUACCAUAAAGAAGAUAUUGUAUGGUUAAAGGACUUCAAGGAAAAGGUUUACACAGGAACUCAAUACACCAUUCCUAGUCUGGAAGAGAAGAGUGCUGGAUGUUACACAUGUGUACUUUCUAUAGAAAAUGAUGGAAUACAGUACAAUAUUACAGAAACAAGGAGACUGACAGUCGAUGAAAAUUUUGAAUUAUUGCUACCUAAGUUAAUUUAUCCUCAGAGUCAUACAAAAAUUGAUGUUGAACUUGGCAAAUAUAAAAUAAUUGAAUGCCAAGCUGUUGUUGACUAUAAAACAAGCCCUAAAGAUGACAAUUGCAUGUUAUACUGGAUAUUUGAUAAUAAUUUUGGUAACUGCAAUGGAACUAAUACAAUCUGUGAAGAUCCUGAAAGAGUUGUUACCGAAGACAACCGAAAAAUAAUAAUAAGACCACUGGUGUUUAAGAGAAUUGAAGGGGAGCACCUUAACAAAUCCUUUCAUUGUGCUUUAGUAUGCACAUCGGGACAAGAUAUUGGUGAUGUGAUUCUCAUAGAAAAAGAGAAAUACAAUAUUGGCAAAGUACUUUGUCCAAUAAUUCUCACCAUGGCCAUCUUCAUUGUUGUGGCAGUUAUGUGUAUCAAGCUCAAGAUAUACUUUGUUCUUUGUUUGCGGGACUUAACUGGUAGAGAUGAAACUCUAGGAGACAGCAAAGAAUAUGAUGCAUAUGUGCUGCUCCUUAAAAGUGGCAAGACUCUGGACAGUGCUGAGGAAGAACAACGGUUUGCUUUGGAGUUGCUGCCUGCAGUUCUAGAACAGCGAUUUGGUUAUCGGCUGUGUAUUUUCGAACGGGAUGUUCCUCCCGGAGGAGCUUGUGUGGAAAAUGUACUUUCCAACAUUAACAAAUGCCGAAGAUUAAUCAUAAUACUCUGUGAUGAAUCGGUGACAGAGAAGGACAGUACCAUCUAUGAACUGAUGACAGGACUGCAUCAAGCUUUGGUUGAAAGUGUCAUAAAAAUAAUACUCAUUGAAUAUAAUCCUAUAAGGAAUAUUACAGUAUUGCCAGAGUCACUUCAGCUUGUCCUAAGAUCAAACAGGGCCGUGAAGUGGAAAAAAUCUAUGUCUCUCUCACAUAAUUCGUACUUCUGGAAGAAAAUAAGAUACCUUAUGCCAACAAAACGUGGGAAAUCAUUUCAAUUUUCACAACAUGGAAGAUCCAUUUAUUGAGUGUUGAACAGCAGAGUUUGAUAUUUCGAAAAUAUAGACAAUGAUUCAUAAAGACUUAAUUUUG